UUGGUGACUGCUUAGAAGUGACAAAGACAAGCAGACGAAACAACGAAGUAAUUCCAACUUGAAAAGUGAACUAAACCGGAGAACUGAAGUUAUAGCUUUUAUUUCAUAACAGUUUCUGGAAUGGAUAGUACGGCUAACUCCAAGGAAAACGAGAGAUCGUGUGGUGUGCCUAAAGCAGGGGAAGACAUGACAUCAGCACCGAAAAAAAAUGAAGCUUCUUCUGAUCGGCCAACACAAAUAGAAAAAUCGAGUGGAAAAAAGAAAUCUCAAGACAGAGAACAGGAAAAAAGCAGGGAUCGUCAAUCUGUUAGGGAGCAUCAUAGAAGAGGAGAAAGAUCAAGAGGUGGUGAUCGGUCUGCAUUUAAAGGAAGUAUCUACAGACCAAGAAGCCGUCCUGAGUGCCGUGUUCACAUUUCAAAUAUCCCUUAUGAAUACAGAUGGCAGGACCUCAAGGAUCUUUUUCGAAACGAAGUUGGUGAAGUAUCGUUUGUGGAGCUGUUUGAAGAUGAACAUGGUAAGCCCAGAGGAUGCGGAAUUGUCGAAUUUGAGAAAAUUGAGCAUGCUCGUAUUGCCCUGGAUAAAAUGAACCGAUAUGAGCUAAAAGGUCGUCGUCUUAUCGUCAAAGAAGAUAUUGACACCGAAGGUGAUGGAUAUGGACACUUAAGGGGUGCAAACGCAUCCAUAAGCAGUCGUCAAGAAAGUGAAAGACAUAUUCCGCGGUCUUACUCGUCUGGUCGUGAUUAUGUUGCUGAUGUUAGCUACGACGGAAUGAGGAGUGGUCGAGGAAGCAAUAUUGGAACAUUAGCGUCCCCUUCGUCGACUCGUUGGAGUAACACGUACGGAUUGAGUCCUCAGUUUCUCGAUUCCCUUGGGAUUUCUGGUCCCCUCUUCAAUCGCAUUUUUGUUGCUAAUUUGGAUUAUAAGGUGGACGAUUCGAAGCUUCGUGAAGUGUUCCGUUUGGCCGGGAAAGUUGUCGUCGCUGAGGUGGUGAAAGAUCGAGAUGGCAGGUCUCGUGGAUUUGGUGUUUUGAAAAUGAGCCAUCCCGUUGAGGCUGUACAGGCAAUAUCCAUGUUCAACAACCAAAUGCUUUUCGACAGACGAAUGACCGUACGGAUGGAUCGUGAUGCAGAUCGUACUGAAACAAGGUCAUCUCGGUGCGCCUUGCCGGAAGGGCUUCGCUCAAUUGGAAUGGGACUUGGAAGUAGAGGAGAUCCUCUGCAUGACGUUCCACGAGGGGGCUUACAAGACCGUCCUAUUGAUGUUUACCGUCAUAGUUCUACCAUGGAAUUUGGCAGCUUUAGCAAUCGAAUAGCCACUACUUCUGCUGAUUUUGUUCCUUCAUCGACUACCAAUUUGGGUCACGCGAGUGGUAUCCCAGCUAUGGGAAGUCAAGCAGAACAAUCAAUCGCGGGAUUGCACAGCAUUCGGUCCAGUCGUCCUAUACAUGAUCCACCAAUAGCCGAUUAUCGGAUAAAUAACUUGGAAUCGGGUUACAAUGUCAGAACAAUCUCUGGAUCCAUGCCGUUGAAUAGAAUCGCUGAAGGAUACAAUCCAGCUCCGUAUGGAUACCGGACAGAAAGUGUAGCAACGAAGGAUAUAUAUGAAACUUCUGUCCUUGAUUACGAGCGCAGAGAUCUUUAUACAAAUAACGGAACAAACCAGUUGCUACGUGAAACGCAUGAUUAUCUUUCAACUUCUGCUGGAUAUGGUUCUGGAACGCGGAUGCCCAGCAUGGGUUCAUCAGUUUCAUCGGCCGUACCGCUCGGCCCUUCUGAUAGUUCAUCAAGAUCCUCUGAUACCAUCAUAAUAACAAACUUGCCACCUAACUGCACAUGGCAGGAUUUACGAGACAAGUUCUGUGAGGUUGGAGAUGUACUUUUUGCCGACAUUCGUGCGAAAGGUACUGGUUUGGUGAGAUUCAGUUCGGAGCGAGAUGCACAACGGGCUUGCGCCAUGUUAAAUCGAACGAAUAUGGAAGGAUACGCUAUCGAAGUUAAUUUUUAUUGAAAUUCCGAAGAAACCACGACUCUUUCCUUUUACAUUUCGGAAAGGACUUUGUAGAAAAGUCUCUCCGUGACUAAGAACGUUCAACUGAAUUGGUUCAUAAUAAACGUUAGCUACAGCUUA